AUGGCAAAGAGGGCGGUUGGAGUUGAUGAUGAUUCUUCACACUCACGCUCUGCCAGUGGACAUCCUCCUGGAGCCUUUGAAAGCUCCAUUGUCGAAACACCCUCUCGAUUCGAAGCUGGUUUGAAUACAGCUCCUGACACGGUCAGGCCGGCCCCCCGAUCUACUCGACAGCUUGAUGCUGAUUCUCUUGAUGAGAAUAAUGGACACUCAGGUGUCUACCGUUCGGGCGAGGCAAUAUCAGACCAACAGAUGGAGCAUCUCAAGAUGAUGCUUGAGAUGGACAAGGGGAAGCAAAGAGUCUUAGAACUCGAACUACAACUGGAAAAACUCCGUCAACAGAGAUUCUCUACAGAUCGACCACAGAAUGUCAACAAUCAUUCUGCCACCACAUCAACAGCCUGUACAGCCACAUGGAAUCCUAAUCUCGGUGAAAGGUUGGAAUUCAACCUUUAUGAAUCAGAUAGCCGUGUUGGCAAGGCAAUCUCUCAAUUCAAGAAAGAUGUCAAGAAUACUGUGAGAUCAAACAGUCUGACUGGCACAUUCAAUUACAUCACAUGAAGCAUCUUCAUGAAAUCAAAACUGGUUGAUGCACAGUGCUGGUAUAUGAUAGAGAAACAACAG